UUGUUGACUCACGGAACUGCUGACAAAAUCUAAGUUGAUUUAGUCAGAGAAUGUCUAAUAAGACGGGCUCUGAUUUAGUACACUGAUAGUUGCUGCUUAGUUACAGAUGUUUUAACGCAAUGGCAGAACGACAUCGAACCUGUGCGUUAUGCCCAAACAAAGCAUCUACAUUGCAUGGCCUGCCAAAGAAAGAAGAGUUUAGGGAGAAAUGGUUACAAAUUAUUUUUGGAGAAAUACCGGAACGCUAUGGUAGCAGAUUAGCGCUGUGUUCGGCGCAUUUCGAAGACGAUGACUUCGUCAACGUCGGGGAGUACAGCAGGGGGUUUGCAUCGAGGUUGAUAUUAAAAUCUGGAGUUGUGCCAUCACGGAGGUUGCCCACCUCUCCACCUGUCCUCUUACAGGAUACGGACUCCAAGGUGUCAGAAAUCUGCAUCAUCCAAGACUGCAACAGAACUGAACAACUACGUUUCCCUAAAGACCCAUCAGCUCUGCAGCAGUGGAUGGUUCUCCUCGACGGCAGACUGAAGCAUCCAGUGAAUUCCUCAAGCACAAUAUGCUCUGCCCACUUCCCUCCGGACUGCUUCACCAACUGGCAGCAGAAACGGGCUGGUGUGGCUGCCAGCUUAACGCUCAAGCCUGAUGCUCUGCCAUCACUCUUCAUCACAUCUAUGGAUGAUUGCAGCAAGGAAUGGGUGCAGGGGCAUUCACCACGGACUCGGAGCGUGGACUGCCAGUGUGAUAUUGAACAGAGAUCAGUUGGAACGCAGUUGGCCAAAGGGUCUCUUCUCCAUGUACGCAGCAAAGCCAUUCAGACUUCUGCAUUGACACACGUCUCCAUUGGCUACAAUAUGGACUUCCUCUUGCACACUCCGAAACAUAUCAGUUUGAAAGAAUCGGGAGAUCCAAAAAGAAGACCUUCCUACAUGCAACAGUACACUGUGUCCACGGUUCGGAACGGCUUGAUGGCGGAUGUCGUUGUGAGCGUUGCUAGCCUGCUACAGCUGUUCCAGAAGUGCCUCAAAUGCUGCAGUAAUGCCUGCAGCGUCACUACGGAAACCAAGGGUCACCUCUUCCACGUGGUGCAGAGGUGCUGCAGCUGUGGCAACACCAGGAACUGGGUGAGCCGUCCCACAGACCAGCCAGCUGACCAGCCACCUUCAGACCACACCCCCCCUGACGAGCAGCUCCCAGACCAGCCACCUUCAGACCACACCCCCCCUGACCAGCAGCUCCCAAACCAGCCAUCCACUGACCAGCAGCUCCCAGACACAGACACUUUAGAGGUGACGGAGCCAGUGGAGAGGACAUUCAACGACCCAUGCAUGGAGGAGGAGAUUACCUGGGAAGAGAUGGUGCAGGCAGAAGAGGAGGAGGAAGAAGAAGAAGAAGACGACGACGAAGAAGAAGAAGAAGAAGAAGGAGGAGGAAAGGAGGAGGAGGAGGAGGAAGAGGAAAAACAUAAAAAAAGAAAAAGGAAGAGAAGGGACAGUGAUGAAGAGUGGACUCCGGAUUUGAGAGAGGUCUUAGAGGUGUCAGAUGAGGAGCCUGGAGGUGAUUAUGAAGAAGAAGAAGAGCAUGGUCUUCCGGUUGUGUGGUGCUCUGACUGUGGGGAAGAGGCCAGUGCCUGCUGCAUUAAGCAGAAACACCUACAGCUCUACUGCUGUAAUAAGUGCGGCUACAGGGACGGUGACCAGGAGCUGGUCAGCACAGACGGCCAACAAACCCAACACACCAUCAGUCCAGAGUCCCCUACUGCUGCAGACCAAGGGGGCUCUUGUGAUGUUGGCCAAGUGGCUGAACACUCAUGCAGCCCAGAAGCCAACAGCAAUAACAAACAAACUGCUUCCAGAGAUUCUCUUGAAGAUAUAAACAGCAUUAGUAGUGAAGGGGUCCUCACUUCUGCCAGCCAGCAUGCCACCACUGGUGGCAUCCAGGAGGAAACCAGCAAUGGAGUUAAUGAGAUAGGCAGCAGCUGUAGCAUUAGAGAACAGGGUUCUCUGGACACCAGUGACCAAGGAACCAGAAAUGAAAGACCAGAAGACACCAGCUGUAGAGAUCAGGACUCUUCUGCUUCUCAAGUCCAGUCGUCCAACAGUUGCCACCAAGAAACUAGUGCACCAAAUGAGGAGAGACGGAACCCCCCAAAAUAUGCCGUCUACUUCAACGAUCCAUACAGCCUGCAGAUCCAUCUGGACGAGUUACAUGGUGGUAAGCGUGAGCUUUGUCCAGACUGUGGCAAAUUCUUCAUCAGGCGCGAAGGCCAGACUACGCAUGUCUGUGAUCACAAAGUCAAGCCAUUAGUGUGUCUGACUUGUGGGAAGCGCUGCCUCAAUGAAAGAGGCCUCCGUCGGCACAGUCAUGUGCACACUGAAGGCUUUCGUGGACUUUCCUGCCAAUACUGCUACAAGAAGUUCAGGAUCCAGGAAGACAAGCAGGAGCACGAGGAGACCCACAAGGGGGAGAGCCUGAAGUACCGCUGCUCAGAGUGCCCCAAACGGUUUGCAGAUCGCUUUCAUCGCGGUGCUCACAGGAAGACCCACUGGAAACAUGGCAGGUUUUUCUGCAAAGUUUGUAACAAAGGCUUCUCUCAGACCUUUACACUUGAGAGACACAUGGCUGUCCACACGGGACAGAAGCCCUACAGCUGUAAGCUGUGCGACCGCUCCUUCAACCAGUCAGGACAUCUCAAGUCCCACAUGCGCGUCCACACAGGGGAGAAACCCUUCAAGUGUCAGGACUGUGGGCAGUGCUUCAACCACAACGUCAGCCUGAAGAACCACAUCCAGCGCAAACACGGAUCAGGAGCUGAGGAGGGGGAGGGAGAAGAUUGGAGAUGACCGGGCCAGAGCAGCUGGGUCUGAUGGCCAAAAAGAAUAGGUGACCUAGGGCAACAGAGAAAAGCAAAUGGUUAGAAGUUGGUCAUUAUGUCUUUAUGAUUGUUCCUUGUUGUGACCACCUUCAUGUCAUUGAACUUUUUUUUCCCCCUUUAAUCUUGGUUGGGUUUGAAUAUCUAGGUGAAAGUGGAACCUUUGUGAGUGUUUGAACAGUAUUUGGUGCAUAUUAUUGUAUUGUUCUUGUUGGGACAUUUGUUCUAAGCUCUGUCCUGCAAUUCCACAAAACAUACAGUGCCUAUAGAAAGUCAUC